AAACACGUGCAAGUUCCGCACAAAAAAAAAAAAAAAAAACAGAUUACACCACUGAGCAUUUAACAUCUCUUCACGUCCAUGAGUACAUUUAAGCAAGCCUCCUGACUCGCACCAUAGGAUGUUAAUAUAUAAAGAAGCAGGCAUCAGAGGCACAUGGAAACAGUGGUUCAUAUGCAGCCUUCUCUCACUUCUUCAUGGAGUAAUAUCCGAAACCACUAGAGCACUGGAUAUAAUGACAAAAUAUCCACUAAUUGAUGGACACAAUGACCUUGCACUACGUCUAAGAAUAAUUUAUAACAACAAACUGAGCCGGAUCAAUAUGCACAACAUUCCUCAUGUGGCUACAGAUAUCAGUCGCCUCACUGCUGGUCAUGUUGGAGGGCAGGUUUUUGCAGCGUACGUGUUGUGCACGGCUCAGGAUAAGGAUGCUGUCAGACUGACAUUGGAACAGAUUGAUGUAAUUCGUCGUGUAUGUACUGAAAACCCAGAGCUGGAACUGGUCACUACAGCUGAAGGAAUGAGGAAUAGUACAAAAAUCACAUGUCUCAUCAGUGUGGAGGGAGGCCACUCCAUCGACAGCAGUUUACCAGCACUACGCAUGUUCUAUCAGCUUGGAGUAAGAUCCAUGGCCCUCACACACACCUGCAACACGCCAUGGGCUGAGACCUCAUCUAGUUUUUACCCAUUUUACCAGCGGAAGAGCAACAGCUUGACAGAAUUUGGCAAGGCAGUGGUGAACGAGAUGAACAGGUUGGGAAUGCUGGUUGAUCUGUCCCAUAGCUCCUGGGAGACAGCCAGAGCGGUGUUAAACCAUUCUACCGCUCCAGUUAUUUUCAGCCACUCGUCAGCCUAUGCUAUCUGUAACAAUACUCGCAAUGUACCCGACGACCUGCUACUGCGUCUGAAAGAGAAUGGUGGGCUUAUCAUGGUGAAUUUCUACAGAAGUUUUGUAGCAUGUUCAAAUACCACAAAUGUGUCUGUUGUGGCUGAUCAUUUUGAUCAUAUAAAACAUGUGAUUGGCACUGAAAGCAUUGGGAUUGGAGCAGACUUUGAUGGAGCUCAAGGAUUCCCUCAAGGGCUUGAGGAUGUCUCCAAAUAUCCAGCACUAAUUGAGGAGCUGAUAUCAAGGAACUGGAGUGAGGAAGAGCUGGCAGGAGUGCUAAGACUGAACUUCCUUAGAGUGUUCCAAAAGGUUGAGAAGGUACGUGAUGAUAUGCAAUACACUUUACCCAGCGAAGUUGAAAUCCCAUUUUUGGAAGCAAACAACAGCUGUCGUGUGAUACUGACUAAUCCAGUCAGAGUCGACAGUAGCUAUCGAAAUGGAAAAGGUUCAUUGAUGCCUGGAAGAGCUAUCGCCUGGUUUAUCAUACUUUUGAUCCAGUUACUGUAAUCUACAUUAAGACAAAGAAUCUUCCAGAGACAGUAUACAAAUCAAAUGUUCUACGACACACUGCCUUGAGAUUGCCUUGCCAACACUUUAAAUCUUAAGACAAGAAGUUGAAGUAAAUUUUCUGACUGAAACUGA